UCUCUCUUCAUUUCAUAUAAUUCAUUCUUGCUAACAUUCAUUCAUAUAUAUUUUCUCAAGUUCAAUCAUCAACACUUAAGUUACAUGGCUUAUACAAUGAUCUCUGCUACUAGUUUUGCUGUUACAUUGGUGCUGCUAGCCACAAUAUCAAUAUCUGAUGCACACUUGUCUUCUACUUUUUACGACAGUACAUGUCCCGAUGCACUAACCACCAUUAGAACUGCCAUUCGUACUGCUGUCUCUAAAGAGCGUCGUAUGGCUGCAUCUCUCAUUCGCCUUCAUUUUCAUGACUGCUUUGUGCAGGGCUGUGAUGCAUCAAUUUUGCUCGAUGACAGUACCACAAUCCAGAGCGAAAAGACUGCACUUCCAAAUCUUAACUCAGUAAGAGGAUUUCAAGUCAUCGAUAAUGCAAAAUCACAGGUAGAGAAAGUAUGUCCCGGAGUCGUGUCUUGUGCAGACAUAGUUGCUGUAGCAGCACGUGAUGCAUCUUUCGCUGUUGGUGGUCCAUCAUGGACAGUGAAACUUGGAAGAAGAGACUCUACUACAGCAAGUAAAAGUUUGGCCAAUACCGACCUUCCAUUAUUUACAGACGAUCUUCAAACUCUUAUAUCAAAAUUUACAAAUAAAGGUCUUACUGCUAAAGACAUGGUUACUCUAUCUGGUGCGCACACAAUCGGACAAGCUCAAUGCUUUACAUUUCGUGGUAGGAUAUACAACAAUGCUAGUGACAUAGAUGCUGGAUUCGCUAGCACUCGCCAACGUGGUUGUCCAUCUACCAGUUCCACUUCAAACAAUCAAAAGUUAGCAGCACUGGACUUCGUUACACCAAAUUCUUUUGACAACAACUACUUUAAGAAUUUAAUUCAAAAGAAGGGUCUUCUACAAUCUGACCAAGUUCUUUUCAGCGGAGGAUCUACCGAUUCUAUCGUUUCUCAAUACAGUCAAAAUCCCACAGCUUUCAAAUCUGAUUUUGCAGCUGCUAUGAUAAAGAUGGGAGAUAUUCAACCAUUAACCGGAUCCGCCGGAAUCAUAAGAAGCAUUUGCAGUGCUCCCAACUAAUUCUACAAAUUCACAAACAAUCAAUUGCUAUUCUUUUAUUUAUUUUUGUUCUUGUGUAUUCAAAUGUAAAGUGUUAAAUCAUUAUGUACUAUUAUAGCUUUAUUAUGAAUGUAUUUCAAGAUUUUCAUUUCAAAAGUUAGGAAAGGAAAUGAAGGUGUUUUAUGGAUGGUCAUUUGUUGGAAUUUUCGGUUGGUGAGGAAUGGGAUAGUGUUUAGAAAAGAUACGUGGAACAUCGAUAACAUUGUUUGGAGUUCUAUGUUUUUGGCUUAGAGGUGAGUGGUUAUUGGAAAAAUGACCCGAACCAAUUGUAACUUUUAUAAUCUUAGCAAAAAUCCUCUGUUGUUUUUAUCUUAAAGAGUCAAUUGGCGUGUAAU